AUGGCUACCGAAGAUCAAAUCAAGAAUUCUAAUGAAUCAACUGACUCUGACAAUAAUAGUGGACCUAAUGUUACUAGAAAUAAGUAUGCACAUAAGCAUAACCUAAAACCAGUAGAUGUUCAGAGGCAACAAUUAGAAAAGUUAUUACAAAGAGCUGACAAACCCGUAACUAUACCGGAGAUUGAUAAACCAAGAUUAAAAGCUCCAAAAGAUAUUGUUAGAAAUGUUCAAGGUUCUAGUGCGGGAGCUGGAAGUGGUGAAUUCCACGUUUACCGAGCUCAUCGUCGAAGGGAAUACACAAGAUUAAAAAAUCAUGGAAGAAGAAGCUAA